UGUCACGCCCCGCUAUUGACCAGCACACUUAGUCCCGCCCCAGUUGCACCUCCUUGCCUAUGCCACGCCCCGCUAUUGACCAGCACACUUAGUCCCGCCCCGAAUGACGAACGCCCUUCGCGCUCUUGCAGACUGAUUUGUUCCACCAGAAGCCCCGCCCCCUCACCUUGUCCCACGAGGCGGAGUCGAUACCGGAAGUGGCGACGGAUGAAGCGACGAGUGCGCAAGGCGGCUGAAGGCAGAAGACGGGGCAUUCAGCAGCCUGAUUUAUUGCGGCCGCUCGGAGCACAGGGACGGCGUUGGAGCAGCCGGACCGAGGCGGUAGAACUAAUGGAGGUGGUCGGCUUGAGCCUGGGCCUGGUGGCCGCGCUGAUUGUCGCUCUGUCAGUGCUAAUGGUGGGCGGCGUGAAUUCGCUGACGGUGGCUGAAGAGUCUCCCGACAGAAAGCAUUAUAAACUUGAGAUGGACCAGGCACUUUUAAGUGUUUAUAAUGAAUUGUCUGAGGUGCUGGUUGUUUCCUGGCUGUCAGAUCACUGUUACCAGUGCAAGUUUCAGAAACUUGGUAGUGUGCCUCCAAAAAAGCAUUUGGGACUUCAACAAAAACCCCCUGGGAAUUCAACAUUUGCCAUUGACACUAAACAUGCAGUUUUGUUGCAGUUGAACAUCACAGAUGAGGUGUGCAGGGUUCAUGAAAGCUUUGGGGAGCUUGGACACUAUUCCUUAUGGGUGAGAAAGGCCAAUCGGAGUAAUGCGAGUGGGACAGUGACCUGUAACAUCGUUACCGACAAAGCGCCCAUCAACAGCAAUCUUCCAAUUUUAUAUGCAUUCCUCGUCUUUGUUGGCAUCGUCUUUCUCAUGUGUUUAGGAAAGUUCAUACAAGGGCUAACUCUUUUUAAAAACUUGUUGUUUCGUCUAUCAAGUCGAGUGGAGAUGGAACGGUUAAUCAACUCUGAGCUGGGAUCACCAAUUCGUGUGGGCGACAGCACUGGUCAAAAUAACCUGGUCCCUGGACAUAGUGCAGGCUCUCAGCGGCUUCGUUCACUAGAUACUUUGCGAGGGUUGUCUUUGGUGAUCAUGAUCUUUGUUAACUAUGGAGGUGGGAGAUACUGGUUCUUCAAACAUGAAAGUUGGAAUGGAUUAACAGUAGCAGAUUUAGUUUUCCCUUGGUUUGUGUUUAUCAUGGGAACCUCCAUUGCGCUGUCCUUGAACUCGGUGUUACAGGUUAACCGCUCCAGGUGGAAACUGUUGACUAAAAUUGCUUGGAGAACUGCCGUACUUCUUUUGCUUGGCAUCUUUAUCAUUAACCCAAAUUAUUGCAAGGGACCACUUUCCUGGGAUACUCUGAGGAUUCCAGGUGUACUUCAGAGGCUAGGUCUUUCAUAUGGUGUGAUUGCUGUCCUGGAGCUUUUGUGUGGAAAAGAAUAUCCUGAAAGUCUUGCUUUGGACAACUUAUGGUCUCCAGCCAGGGAUGUUUUGAUCUACUGGCCCCAGUGGAUCUUUAUUUUGCUAUUGGAGUGUGCUUGGCUAUGUCUGACAUUACUGUUACCUGUACCAGGUUGUCCACAGGGUUACCUUGGCCCUGGAGGGAUUGGAGACUUUGGACAGUUUGCAAACUGCACUGGCGGAGCAGCAGGCUACAUUGAUCGUUUGGUCUUUGGAGAGAACCAUAUGUACCAACACCCUUCUUGUGCGAUACUUUAUAAGACAACAGUGCCUUUUGAUCCAGAGAACUUGCUGGGACUAAUCAAUUCAAUUGUGAUGACAUUUCUGGGACUACAGGCUGGAAAGAUUUUUCUUAUUUACAAAGGUCAAAACAAGCAGAUUAUGCUUAGAUUUUUAUUUUGGAGCAUCCUGCUGGGUGUUAUUUCAGCUAUCCUUACAAAAUGCUCUAAAGACGAUGGAUUCAUUCCAGUCAACAAGAACUUGUGGUCCAUCACUUAUGUUACAACACUAAGUUCCUUUGCCUACAUUCUUCUCUUGCUGAUUUACUUUAUGGUGGAUAUAAAGAAACACUGGACUGGAGCUCCACUUUACUACCCAGGGAUGAACUCUAUUCUGGUGUACGUUGGACACGAGGUGUUUGAGCACUACUUUCCUUUCAGAUGGAAAAUGCUUAAUGAUCGUUCACAUGGGGAACACUUGGCCCAGAAUCUUGUUGCUACCAUUAUCUGGGUUAUUAUUUCUUAUGUUCUUUACAAGAAGAAAAUAUUUUGGAAAAUCUAAUGGGAAUCUAUUUUUUUGGCAAAUACAGAAAGUGACAGUAUAUUUUUCUAUAAUUGUGAAUUAAAUGAACAAGUUGUGUACAUUUUGUUAACAUGGGUAUGCAAAUUUCACUGGAAUUUUAAUUUUUUCACUUGGCCAGUAUAUCAGUGUUUCAUUAAUCAAUUUCCUGGUAAUCAUGAGUUUACAAUCUACUUGGUUUUUAAAAAGUGUCAAUUUUGCAGAGCAACAAGAUAGAUCUUUUAACUUCAUUGUGAAUUGGUGAUAUUUGAAAUUGUAUUGAAGUAUUGACUAAAUCAAAAGGUUAAUUUAAUCUCUGCUUUUUCACCAUUCCAGCCUCCAAUACUUUGCUCAAUCUCUCAAUGCCUACCUCUCAUUCUACUUUCUUACCCCAUGAUCUAUCACUGGUCAUUUAUUCCUGUUUACUUGUCAAAAUUAUCUUAACCCUAAUAUUAAACAGAUUUCUCUUAAAUAAGCAUUUGUAAAAGCUGUUAAUGGAUAUGAGAGGGACGUGUCUCCUAUUAACAGUUCUACCACAUCCUGUUUAUGGUGAUACAAGUUUCUAAUAGGCAAACCUUCCACCAGAGUUCAAAUCUCUAUAUUGAAUCAUAAAUAGGCAGAGCUGAGAGAUUGGAAAGUUUGAAGACUGGAAUGCAAAAGUCAUUUCACCUCAUUAAUGUUUGUGCUUAUUUGAGAAGCUUGCUUGUUUAAGAGUAAUUAUAAAUGCUCGACUGAAAUAAUGAUGGCCUUUGUGUGUUUAAGGAAGCAUUUGCAAUUGAAGACUUGUAUCAGAUGCUUUAGCCUGUGCCUGUCCAAUCUGUCACUGCUACCACUGAAAAGCUUGUUUAUAUUGUACACUACAUCAAAUUAAGGAAUGUAUAGAUUAUCUUUCAGAUUAACCAGGUGCUGUAGAAACUUCCUCUUAAUAUUGAAUGCUAGAACUGUUUCUCCUUAUCUGUUAAGUCCUAUGUUUGUCAUAUAUAGAGCAAACUUGUUAUUAAGGAAGUUACCUGAACCCAAAAUUUUAGUGAAGCUAGAUUGGAAUCAAGAUUUGAUUGAACUCAAUAAUUAUGCAAGAAAACAUCUGGAUUUCAGGGUACACAUAAUGCUGGAGGAACUCAGCAGGCGAGGCAGCAUCUUUGGAAAAAAGUACAGUCGAUGUUUCGGGCCGAGACCCUUUUUUCCAUAGAUGCUGCCCUGCCUGCUGAAUUUCUCCAGCAUUUUGUGCGUUUUGCAAGGAUUUCCAGCAUUUGCAGAUUUUUUUUCUUGUUUGGAUUGGACUUUGGGAUAACUGUUACAGAGCAGAUUGCUGAUGAAUUUCUAAUGCUUCUCUAGCCAGAAUUUUCUUGUCCAUUAAGACUUUGGUAUAGAGAUUUCUGUUGGGAAGAAUUCCAGUACCUAGUAACUGUGUCUGGUGUAUCAUCAACAUGAUGUACUACAAAGCUACAGAGAUCAGAUAUUCCGUUAUCAGUUUAUCUUGGAGGACCUUGAGCCCAUGUAGACCCUAUCUUAGAUUAGAAAUGGCUUGUUUGUACUCAAGUACACAUUGUGUUAUGCUAGGUUUAGGAACACAUCAAAACUCAGUGAAUGUUAUUUCCACUCAAUGCAGCUACCAACUUCUUAGCCAUCUAACCUCACCAUGGUGGAAUGUGUCUUGUUCUUAUGUGAUUCACUUGAACUUUUGUGGUGGUGAGAUCUAGAUCAACACAAUCUGCUUGUGCAUGUAUUGACUGCUUAAUUUGUCUUGUGACUUGGCCAAGGCAAGAAUUGUAUAAAUAUUUUCAGUGGGUUUUGUGGCUUCCUGCUCUAUCUGAUCAGACUUAUGUAGAUAUCUAAAAUCUGUAAUUUGUCUGCUUCAAACCAUUGUUUGAUUUGGGAGGAUUGCAUUAUAAAAACAAAGCCUAAACUUUCUCCUUUAGAGUAGGCAGUGUUGAGAAUUACAAUACUAUAUUGCCAUUCCUAGGAUGGCAGUGAUCACUGUUUGAAAUCCUUAGCCUAAAUGAAAGUUCAUGCCAGUAUCAGUAUUUUGUGUGCAAUGUUACUGAUUUGAGAAAUUGCUCUGUUAUUAACCGUAUGGUUUAUUUGUGAUUGUUUAUCUUCUAAUUUGAACUGGCAGGGAAAAUGAGUUGGUGUUCAGUCUUACAAAAAAAGACUAAUCUAUCUCAUACAUUCUUUCUGGGAGAAAUUGUCAGGAUUGCCCUGGCACUUUAAUCUUGGUAUUACUUACAAUGGCUGAAACCUGGCUUUCAAAUGAUAAAUUGUAUUCCCUUAAUGCAAUGCUUUGCACUGCUAAUUAUCUCCCUCUAUUGGUUUUUAUAUAGAAAAUAGAAUUGAAUAUUAAAAUUGAAUUCUGGUGAACGUAAAGCUGCAGGCUGGGGGCCACAGCUUUCAGUUGUGCUCUCUCUGAACCUUGCUUUAGUUGUCUUCUCAGACUAAGGGUGUUAAAAUCUUUCUUCAGUUUUUUGUUAAAGGAGCCCUUAAAGUUUAAUUCCAAACUUAAAUCUUAUAUAUAGGUUUAAGUUUAGAAUUCAGAAAGGGCUAUCUGCUACUUAAGGUGAUAAUACUUCAGUGGUUUGUUACGAGAAAUGCAAAUGUCAGAAUGUGUUAGAAUAAAUGAAGUUAUCAAUGCUUUUGAAUGCUAUACUAGGUGGCUUAAAUAUAAAGUGCUGUACUUCAUUUUACUGGGGGGGAAAAUGGCAUAGAGCUUUUGUUGUCGGGACUGGUUUUAGAAUGCUUGAGUAAUAUAAUUGUUUUUGUGGGAAUAUUGAAUCUUAAGCAAUUGAUUUUAAAACUAAAUUUCUCAGCAAUGUUAAAGAUCCACUUAUUAUCAAGUAUUGAAGAAAUUUUCUGUACUUAAAAUAUUUUCUUGAUGUUCAUUUAAUGCACAAGUCACUUUAGAGAGAGGCCCUGACUAAUAGUUGUUUGUCAAACUUGAUGUUUUAAGUGUCAUUCUUCCCCCCCCCCCCCCAAAAAAAAGACUCCUUAACAUUCCAAAACACAACACAUUUCAGCUGCUGUGGUGUGCUGAGCCAUUACUGGAUUGAGAAACAUUGUUAACCCAGGUCACCAGCCUUGAAGCAAGAAAAGUAUCUACAGCACCAAAGUACUGUUCUCAAAGUCAUGUUUACAUUGUGCAGGCAUUAUAAUGGAUCUUCACAUUUAAUUUAAAUGACAACCCUUCACUUCCAAAAGGGAAAUGUUACAUUUGCUUUUAGAAUGCUAGACGGUUUGUAUGUUAAUUCAAUGAUCCUUAUGUAAUUGGAAUGUAUUACCACUUUGUAAAAAUGAAUAAAGGGAUUUCUGUACUGCA